AUGGAUCUUCUGCCUAAAACACGUCGUGAAUUCAGCAGUUCAUCGUACUGGGAGACCUUCUUCAAAAGAAGAGGAAAUAAAGCUUUUGAAUGGUAUGGAGAAUAUUCAACAUUUUGUGGCUUACUGGCCAAGUACAUCAAACUGACAGAUGAGAUAUUGAUCCCUGGCUGUGGCAACUCUGAGAUGGGUUCUCAGAUGUUUGACAUCGGCUACAAGAACAUUACAAGCAUUGACAUCAGCUCCAAUGUUAUAAACCAGAUGACCCAAAAAAAUAUCAAAUCUAGACCGGACUUAAAGUUUUUGGAAAUGGAUUUAUUCAAUACGUCAUUCAAUGAUAACGAGUUCAAUGUCAUAUUGGAUAAAGGAACAUUGGAUGCAGUGUAUUCAGAGGACACAGAAGAGAACAGACUGAAGGUUGAUAACAUGUUCAAAGAAAUUGUGAGGUUGUUGAGAUUGGGCGGUAGGUACAUAUGCAUCUCGCUGGCUCAACAAUUCAUUGCUGAAAAGAUUAUCAAAUAUUUUAGCAAUGAAGGUUGGCUGACAAGAGUUUGUUUGGCACAGAAAGAUGAGGAGGAUGACAGCUCUAGUGAUAAGAAUGAAGAUGAUAAGAAAUUAUUCAACAUGCCAAUCUUUAUGUUUGUUCUCACCAAGUUUAAAAAACUACCAAACUCAAAACCUAUUUUCGAAAGCAGUUUUUUUGAAAGCAAAAUUGAGAGACACGACAGCGUAUCAGAUCUCCUUUCAGCAAUAACAGAUCUACAGAACUAUGCUCUUGUGAAGCAAAAUUUAAGACAGGGGAAAACAUUGGAAGACCAGUUGUGUGUGACGCUGUACAAUUCCUCGUUAUCAUCACCCCGAUACACCAUUUAUGUGGUGGAUGGCCGAGGUAACAGGAAGUUUGCUAUCUUCAUUGUCCCUCAAGGAAGAGAAACCGAAUGGAUGUUCUCGACAUAUGAAGGACGAAAGCAGCUGCACAAAAGUUGCAAUUAUGAGAGGCUUCUAAUUGUCCUACUCAAUAGGUUUCAUGAAUAUCCAUCACUGGACCUCGUUAAGAAGGAGUUAUCUUCGAAAGUGCUCCAAUUGGCUCCUCCAAAUGUUGAUAAGCAGAGUCCUUUCUUGACACUUGGCGAGUCAGUCAGCGUUCGUUCGAAGCAGUACGAAGGUCGAAGUGAGUUGAGUGGAGGAUUCGUCGUGGAAGAUGUACAGAUUGAUAACAAGUUGUUCAGGAGGUUGAUCUUCUACAACAGACCGGAGGUUGUCCAGUCGGAAGUUCUUCUUAAGAAAGUCGUAAAAAGAAGCAAGAAGAAGCACCAGAAGCCGGUGGAGUCAUAUGAGGUCGACCACGCACACAUGACAUGCAGUUACUACCCAUCUGUUAUUGCUGGCCUCCUCUUUGUACAGGACUUUCUUAACAAAUUAGACGAGAAGUUUGAUGUGUUGAUACUGGAUGUGGACAACAAGGACCACACACUGCCAUUCAGCAGUCCUCCCACUGCAUUCAUUGAAGAUCAGUUGAUUCACUCAUACGCUCAGAUCGUCUCACAAGAUGGAGUGUUCAUUUUAAACCUGGCCACACGAUGCCAAGAGAAUCGCGACAUGGUGAUCACGAGGUUGAAGAAGCAUUUUCAGCGAGUUUAUUACACUUGUGUAGACGAACAAAUCAACGAGAUUGUAUAUUGUCUGCCUACAAAGUUAAAACUCGAUACGAACAACGAAGACUUCAUUAAAUUUAUCAAAAAUAACUUAGAAGAGUUUAAAAAACGGCUUCAAACAAUUGACAAUCAGUAUAAAAAACCUUUAGAGGAACUAAAGUUAAUUAAUAUUAAAUCAGCCUAAUUUAUUUUUAUUAGUUAUUGAAAUUCUGGGCUUUGUAUUUUUUUAGUUUUAACAAUUCUUAACAUUUUAUAAAUAAACCAACAAA